AUGUCUGUUUACGUUAACGAAAAAACAGGUAUAGAUACUAAAGAAACUGCCGGUUCUGAACUGGCUCCAUUCCAAACACCAGCGUUCGCUGCUUUUACACAACCAGAAGCCAAGAUCUUCGUCUACAAGCAAUUGGAAGAGUCUGAAGAGUUCGGCUACGCGGAGAUAUCUGCCUCAGCUUUGAAGAAGGCCAAGAAGGGAGCCGAAGGGUUGAAAAAGAAGUUGGAAAAGCAAGCUAAGGCCGACGAAGAAGCCAAGCUGAAGCAAGAAGAAGCCGCUAAGAAGUUUGCCGAGUUGGACCUCAUAAAGAUCGAAGAGGACUUGUCCUUACCAAAGGCUGAAAAGAUUAAGUUGAGAUCUACUACCGAGAAGGUCGACCAGAGAGUUCUUGUCCAAGGUUGGGUCCACCGUUUUAGAUUGCAAAAGGGCCUUGCCUUCAUUACCUUGAGAGACGGUACCGGAUUCUUACAAUGUGUCUUGUCAGGAGACUUGGCCAAGUGUAGAUCCACCGUGGAAUUGACAUUGGAAAGUACCGUGGCGAUUAAGGGUGUAAUCAACAAGUUACCAGAAGGUAAGACUGCCCCAGGUGGUGUUGAAUUAAAAGCUGACUACUACGAAGUUCUUGGAUUCGCCCCAGCAGGUGACGAUUCCAUCACUAACAAGGUGCAAGAAAACGCCGACCCAUCCUUGUUGUUGGAUCAACGUCAUUUGACUUUAAGAGGUGAAACCUUAUCCGCGGUCUUAAAGGUUAGAAGUGCAUUGGUUGACUCCUUUAGAAAGGUCUUUGCUGAACACCACAUGAUGGAAGUUACUCCACCAUGCAUGGUUCAAACUCAAGUUGAAGGUGGUUCAACUUUAUUCAAGAUGGACUACUACGGUGAAGAAGCUUACUUAACGCAAUCUUCCCAAUUGUACUUGGAAACUUGUGUUCCAGCCUUUGGUGACGUUUUCUGUGUUCAAGAAUCCUUCAGAGCUGAAAAGUCCCACACCAGAAGACAUUUAUCUGAAUAUACCCACAUUGAAGCCGAAUUAGGAUUCUUAGACUUCGAAGAAUUCUUAACCCACAUUGAAACUGUUAUAACAAAGACUGUCAAGUACGUUUUAGAAGACCCAGUUGCUGGUCCUUUGGUCAAGCAAUUGAACCCAGGUUUCACUGCUCCAUCUUUACCAUUUUUGAGAAUGAAGUAUGUUGAUGCCUUAGAUUGGUUGAACGAACACGGAAUUCCAAACGAAGACGGUGAAAAAUUUAAGUUUGGUGACGAUAUUGCUGAAGCUGCUGAAAGAAAGAUGACUGAUGAAAUCAACAAGCCAAUAUUGUUGACAAGAUUCCCAGUGGAAAUCAAAUCUUUCUACAUGAAGAAGGAUAAAGAAGACCCAAGAGUCACUGAAUCUGUUGAUGUUUUGAUGCCUAAUGUUGGUGAAGUUACAGGUGGUUCCAUGAGAAUCGAUGACUUGGCCGAAUUAGAAGCUGCCAUCAAGAGAGAAGGUCUUGACGCUGAAGCUUACUACUGGUUCACAGACUUAAGAAAGUAUGGUACUUUCCAACACGGUGGGUACGGGUUGGGUACUGAAAGAAUUUUGGCUUGGUUAUGUGACAGAUUCACUGUAAGAGACUGUUCGUUGUACCCAAGAUUUACUGGUAGAUGUAAGCCAUAG